CAAUCCCAAUCCCAAUCCACCCGCAGGUCGCAAACUCAACACACAGUCAGCCUCAAACCUCUUUCUCGUCCGAAUCCAGAACUUCCAUCCAUGGCAGUGUCAUCAGGGAUGGUCUUCUCCGUCCGCCCGCCGGCUCCGGCCCGGCCCUGCGCUUGCUCUGCCACGGCGAGGGCGCGCCCCGUCGGCGACGGCGCCAAGUGGUGGGCGCCGCUGCUGGGGUGGUCCGGGCAGCCGGACUACAUCGACGCGCGGCCGGCGUCCGAGGACGAGCCUCUGCCGCGGGGGCCGGCCUCGGCCUCGGCCUCGGCCAGGCGGUUCGGCGUGCUGACGGAGGACAAGGCGCGGCGGCUGCGCGUGCAGAUGAUGGAGACGGAGAGCUUCCACGACGCCAUGUACCACUCCGCCAUCGCGUCCCGCCUCGCCUCCGCCGCGCCCGACGCCAGGCCCUAGCCGCCGGCCAGAUCGCCGUGGCAGCCCGUGUCUGUACAUACGUGCGUGUGCUUGAACCUUUCCAGCUUCCGUCCGUCCUUGUUAAAAAAAAAUGAAUAGCGUGGCGAGUGCCGGUGUUGCUGCGGAGGAGAUGGAGAUGGAGAUGGAGGAGGGGGACUAGUAUUAGGAUGGUGUCCCUCCCGACCCGACUCGAUCGGCUGCGACCCAGUAGAGAUAUAUGUUCAUGUAGCUGUGUACCAUUAGUUCUUGCGCUAAAUGUUAUGGAGUGGUGAUGUUUUCGGUUUGACUUGGUAAAUUAAUACGUAUGUGUUUUCCUCUUGUACUGCAA